GUUGACAAUGCAGCUGUAAUUGAGAAUUUGACAUUUAUUCAGUACUUCGUUUAUUGCUCUAGUCAUCCAUUGAAUUUUACGUGACUCUCAAGGGAAUACCUGAUUUUUAAUUACUUUGCUUUUUUCAAAUAAAUUUGGAGCGAUGGGUUGCGAUGGCGGUACCAUUCCCAGAAGAGAUGAACUUGUUCGAAUAAGGAAGAAGCCAGAGCAGAAAGACAGAGAAGCAGAGUUGGCAUUCAGGUGGAGGCACUGCACCAUUAGACAAUUACCCCUUCAACCCCCAAUUGUUGCCUGCUCCCUGGGGAAGCUUUACAGCAAGGAGGCAGUGAUCGAGGGACUCCUGGAUCGAUCAACCCUGCCAGAGUCUGCGGUUCACAUUAAGGGUCUCAAGGACAUCAAGCCCCUGAAUCUCACCCCAAAUCCAGCUUACGAUGCGACUAAAGCUGAGACUGGAGAUGGAUACGUCGAUGGAGGAAAGAGCCCCUUCAUCUGUCCCGUCAUUGGACUCGAGAUGAACGGAAAAUACAAAUUCUGCUUUUUAUGGACUUGCGGAUGUGUUAUGAGUGAGAGAGCACUCAAAGAAGUUAAAAGUUCGGUGUGUCACAGAUGUCAAAAGCCCUUCGAGUCUUCAGACAUCGUAACCCUCAACGCAGAAGGAGAAGAUUUGAAACGGAUGGAGGACAACGCAGCGGCGCGAAAAUUAUCAAAGAAAUCGAAAAAGAGGCAAACGUCAGAAGAUGCUCCAGCCACCGAGGAAUCAUCAUCGAAGCCGAAAAAGCUAAAAAUAAAAAAGGAAGGAAAAGCCGGACCAAGCAGAGCAGGUGCCAAGAUCCAGGAUCCAGCUUUCAAAAAGACCAAGGAUAAUUACAGUGUAGCAAAGGAUCCAGCAGCAUCCGAAGUUCUAAAAAGCAUCUUCACGUCUCACAAAACAGCUGCUGAACAGACAAGGGCACACUGGGUUACCUACAAUCCAUUCUACAACUGAUUAACAAAAUAAUCAACAAAAAUAAUAUUAAUUAAAAUUAUUUGAACUUGAAUUUAAUAUCGUAAAGAUAUUCCUAAUGAAUUAAAGAUAAUUUAUCAAAAAAUUUCUCUCUGUCCACAAUUGAAUCAACAGAGUGUCUCUGACUGGACAAGUCCUCGUAAUGGACGGUUGGUAAUGACAAAAUCCCUAACUACCCUUAAUCCUAAUAGACCUCUCAUAAUUACGCUAUCACUGACUCGAUCCUGUAUUUCUACAAAAAUUUGUCAAUGUAUUGGUACCCUAAUAACACUUUAUACAAUAGUAUUCCUUCUUUUAAAUAAAAACUCUUCCUUAUGAUCCCCUGUGAAUUAAAAUUGUCCUAGUUUUGGGUGAAAAAUA